AUGGCAUCCGCCUACGAGGUUGGCACAAGGGCAUGGCAGCCAGACGCUGCUGAAGGUUGGGUGGCCUCAGAGCUCGUCAACAAGACUGUUGAUGGCUCCAAGGUCAAGCUAACCUUCCAGCUCGAAAAUGGCGAGACCAAGAAUAUCGAGGUGUCUGCAGAGGCACUCCAGAGCGGAAGCGACCCGUCUCUGCCGCCCUUGAUGAACCCAACAAUGCUCGAAGCCAGCGACGAUCUUACAAAUCUGUCCCAUCUUAACGAACCUGCUGUCCUACAGGCAAUUAGGUUACGAUACUUGCAAAAGGAGAUUUACACUUACAGUGGUAUCGUUCUUAUUGCCACAAACCCGUUUGCGCGAGUCGAUUCCCUCUAUGUCCCCGGCAUGGUUCAGGUUUAUGCUGGAAGACAGCGAGCGACGCAAGCGCCUCAUUUGUUUGCUAUCGCUGAGGAGGCUUUCAUUGACAUGAUUCGCGACAAGAAGAACCAGACUGUCGUUGUUUCUGGAGAGUCUGGAGCUGGUAAAACUGUCAGCGCCAAGUACAUCAUGCGAUACUUUGCUACCAGAGAGUCUCCCGACAAUCCUGGUGGACGAUCAAAGCGAGGUUCCGAGUCUAUGAGCGAGACGGAAGAGCAGAUCCUUGCGACCAACCCUAUCAUGGAAGCGUUCGGUAACGCUAAGACGACUCGAAACGAUAAUUCCUCACGAUUCGGAAAGUACAUUGAGAUCAUGUUCGACGAGGAGACGAAUAUUAUCGGCGCAAAGAUUAGAACAUACCUUUUGGAACGUUCUCGAUUGGUCUUCCAGCCCCUCAAGGAGCGUAACUACCAUAUCUUUUAUCAGCUUAUUGCUGGUGCGUCCGACCAGCAGCGAGAGGAGCUUGGUCUCCUGCCCAUUGAGGAGUUUGAAUACCUGAACCAAGGAAACUGCCCGACAAUUGAUGGUGUAGACGAUAAGGCCGAAUUCGAGGCAACCCAGAAAUCGCUUACAACCAUUGGUGUGACGAAUGAGCAGCAGGCAGAUAUCUUCAAGUUGUUGGCCGGUCUUCUGCACCUUGGAAAUGUCAAGAUCACUGCCUCGCGCAACGACAGUGUAUUGGCCCCUAACGAACCUUCUUUGGAGAAGGCUUGUGACAUUCUUGGUGUUAAGGCCGAGGAGUUCUCAAGAUGGAUUGUCAAGAAGCAACUCGUUACUCGUGGUGAAAAGAUCACCUCGAAUCUGAGUCAAGCCCAGGCUAUUGUCGUCCGAGAUUCCGUCGCCAAAUUUAUUUACUCGAGUAUGUUCGACUGGCUUGUUGAUAUUAUCAACACCAGUCUGGCUUCUGAAGAUGUGUUGAGCCGAGUUACAUCGUUCAUCGGUGUUUUGGAUAUUUAUGGUUUCGAACAUUUCGCCAAGAACUCCUUUGAACAGUUCUGUAUUAACUACGCCAACGAGAAGUUGCAGCAAGAGUUCAACCAGCACGUCUUCAAGCUGGAGCAGGAAGAAUACCUUCGGGAACAGAUUGACUGGACAUUCAUCGACUUCUCCGACAACCAGCCCUGUAUUGACCUGAUCGAGGGCAAGCUAGGUAUCCUCUCUCUGCUCGACGAGGAGUCUCGACUUCCCAUGGGAUCCGAUGAGCAGUUUGUUACCAAGCUCCAUCACAACUUCACUCCCGACAAGUCCAAGUUUUACAAGAAGCCCAGGUUCGGAAAGUCAGCCUUCACUGUCUGCCAUUAUGCCAUUGACGUCACCUACGAGUCCGAGGGUUUCAUCGAGAAGAACCGAGAUACUGUCCCUGAUGAGCAUAUGGCUGUCCUGCGCGCCUCAAGCAACGAGUUCCUCAAGACUGUCUUGGACGCCGCAACCGCUGUUCGAGAGAAGGAUGCCGCCUCUUCCAGCUCCAACGCCGUUAAGCCCGCUGCUGGUAGGAAGAUCGGCGUGGCCGUCAACAGAAAGCCCACACUGGGAGGUAUUUUCCGAUCAUCGCUCAUCGAGCUUAUGAGCACAAUCAACAACACUGAUGUCCACUACAUCCGAUGUAUCAAGCCCAACGAGGCUAAGGAGGCUUGGAAGUUCGAGGGACCCAUGGUUCUCAGCCAGCUGCGUGCUUGUGGUGUCCUCGAGACUGUCCGUAUUAGUUGUGCUGGUUACCCUACUCGCUGGACAUAUGAAGAAUUUGCUCUUCGUUACUACAUGUUGGUGAGGUCUGAUGGAUGGACUUCAGAGAUUCGGGAGAUGGCAGAUGCUAUCCUUAAGAAGGCUCUCGGAACAAGUACCGGCAAGGGUCUGGACAAGUACCAGCUUGGUCUCACCAAGAUUUUCUUCCGAGCUGGUAUGCUUGCUUUCUUGGAGAACCUCCGUACGACCAGACUCAACGACUGUGCUAUCAUGAUCCAGAAGAACCUCAGAGCCAAGUACUACCGACAACGUUACCUCGAGGCUCGUGAAGCCAUUAUCCUUACACAGUCUGCAAUCAGGUCAUGGAAGGCUAGGAAGUCGGCCAACGAGCUCCGCACCGUCAAGGCUGCUAUCACCAUCCAGCGUGUGUGGAGGGGAUCUAAGCAGCGCAAGUCCUAUCUUCAGUUCCGAAAGGAUAUGGUCUUGUUCGAAUCAAUUGCCAAGGGUUACCUGCGACGAAAGACUAUCUUGGAGGAGCGUCUUGGCAAUGCUGCUCUCAAGAUCCAGCGCUCUUGGCGAUCAAGGAGGCAGUUGAAAUCUUGGAGGCAGUACCGUAAGAAGGUCGUCCUUAUUCAGAGCCUGUGGCGCGGAAGAAAGGCUCGAAAGGAAUACAAGACAAUUCGUGAAGAGGCUCGCGACUUGAAGCAGAUCUCUUACAAGCUUGAAAACAAGGUCGUUGAACUGACGCAGUCCCUCGGUUCUAUGAAGGAAAGGAACAAGGGUCUUGCUUCACAGGUUGAGAACUACGAAGGACAGAUCAAGUCCUGGAAGAAGAGACACAACGACCUCGAGGCACGAACAAAGGAGCUACAGACAGAAGCCAAUCAGGCUGGUAUCGCCGUCGCACGACUACAAGCUAUGGAGGACGAGAUGAAGAAGCUUCAAGUCGCCUUCGACGAGUCAACGGCCAAUAUCAAGAGGAUGCAAGAGGAGGAGAGAGAGCUCCGAGAGUCUCUCAGGUUAACCAACACAGAAUUGGAGACAGCGAAGAGGUCAAGCACUCAACACGAGAAGGACAACAUGAGUCUGAGACAAGAGCUGGAGUCUCUCAGAGACGCCCUCGAGCUGGCUCGAAGGAAUGCGCCCAUCAACGGAGAGCUUGCCAACGGGACAACACCUGGAGCCACAGUACCUUCUGGCCUCAUUAACCUUGUCGCGUCCAAGAAACCUAAGCGUCGCAGUGCGGGCGCAGAACCACGAGAGCUCGACCGCUUCAGCGGCACCUACAACCCUCGACCGGUUUCCAUGGCUGUUACUGGCACAGCCCAUCGUCAGAACCUUUCUGGCUCGACCUUCCUACCUGGUGUCGAUAAUAUCGAAAUGGAGCUUGAGACGCUUCUUGCAGAUGAGGAUGGCCUCAACGAGGAGGUGACAAUGGGACUUAUCCGAAACCUCAAGAUCCCCUCCCCCAGCACUACACCACCUCCCUCAGACAAGGAAGUGCUAUUCCCUUCAUACCUUAUCAACUUGGUCACAUCAGAGAUGUGGAACAACGGUUUCGUGAAGGAGUCAGAGCGCUUCUUGGCCAACGUUAUGCAGUCCAUCCAGCAGGAGGUGAUGCAGCACGAUGGCGAUGAGGCCGUCAACCCUGGCGCCUUCUGGCUGUCCAACGUGCACGAGAUGCUGUCCUUCGUGUUCCUUGCUGAGGACUGGUACGAGGCCCAGAAGUCGGACAACUAUGAGUACGACCGACUUUUGGAGAUUGUCAAGCACGAUCUUGAAAGCUUGGAAUUUAACAUCUACCACACUUGGAUGAAGGUGUUGAAGAAGAAGUUGCAGAAGAUGAUUAUCCCUGCCAUCAUUGAGUCCCAGUCUCUCCCUGGUUUCGUUACCAACGAAAGCAGCCGAUUCUUGGGCAAGCUUCUUCAGUCGAACUCGACCCCCGCUUACAGCAUGGACAACCUGCUCAGCCUGCUUAACAGCGUCUUCCGCGCGAUGAAGGCCUACUACUUGGAGGACUCCAUCAUCACGCAAACCAUCACUGAGCUCCUCAAGUUGGUUGGUGUGACAGCGUUCAACGACCUGCUGAUGCGAAGAAACUUCCUCUCCUGGAAGCGUGGUCUUCAGAUCAACUACAACAUCACCCGUAUUGAGGAGUGGUGCAAGAGCCAUGAUAUGCCCGAGGGCACGCUCCAGUUGGAGCAUUUGAUGCAAGCAACCAAGCUUCUUCAACUCAAGAAGGCCACCCUGAACGACAUAGAAAUCAUUCAGGACAUUUGCUGGAUGCUUUCACCAAACCAGAUCCAGAAGCUGCUCAACCAAUACCUGGUUGCCGAUUACGAGCAGCCCAUCAACGGCGAGAUCAUGAAGGCAGUUGCAUCGCGUGUAACUGAGAAGAGCGACGUUCUUCUCCUCCAAGCCGUCGAUAUGGACGACAGUGGUCCUUACGAGAUCGCCGAGCCUCGAGUCAUUACUGCGCUCGAGACUUACACACCCUCUUGGCUCCAAACUCCUCGUCUAAAGAGGCUGGCCGAGAUUGUCUCGGCACAAGCCAUCGCACAGCAGGAGAAGCUGGACUACACAGAUGGUGAAGAAUACGAGAACGGUCAUCAGCAUGAGCUCGAGGGUGUUGAUGAGGUGGAAGUAGAGCAGUAA